GUAUUCUUGAAAAUAUUAUUUUUGAAGUGAACAAUUUUCCCCGCUCGUUAUCUUGUUGCAUUUAUCAAUUCUUCAAAUCAAUCAACGCGAUAACUACGGUCUACGAAAUUAAAUUACAUAAUAUUAUUGUCUUUAGUCGAACGAGUGCCUACGGUAGUCGAUGAACAUAAUAUUAUUGUUGUCGAUAAUAUUAUAUUACUUACGUCAUUAAUUUUAUAAUAUUAUAAUAUUAUAUAUUGUUUUUGGUACUUAAAUCCAACAUCGUCAGUUCGAGUAAACGGAAAUUGACCCAGUCGGAUUGUGAACCCGACGAUUCCGAUGAUCAAAAUAUAAUCGACACGGGGGAACCAAUUGAAAACAUCAAUACGAAUUGUCACCUUUUUGACGGGAAACAUUUUAAAAUCGUAAAAUCUAAUAACGAUACGGAUGAAAAAAUGUCUGCGCAAUGUCAAUCAUGUCAAAAAAUAAUUCAAGGGCGAAAAGGUUCAACAGGAAAUUUUCUUAGUCACAUUAAGUUUAAACAUGCAUCAAUGCAAUUUAAAAUUAGAGACAGUAAAAAAUUAUUCAAAAAGACAACUCAACAUGCUGAAGGAACAAUUACUCCCAAUAAACAAAUGCAAUUGCCAUUCUUUAAAACCAGUAUUACAAAAUGUCAAAAAACCAAUAAACCAUGAAAUUAUUGGAUUUGAUGUUGAUGAUGUAUUGAUAAUUAUUGAUAAAAAGAAAAAAUUGGUAAAAAUGGAACUAAGUAAAGAAACAGGUGAACCUAUAGAAGUAGAAGACCCAUCCAUUGUUAAAAAUAAUCAUGUUAAUAAAAAGAAACAGUCUAAGCCAAUUAAACCUAAUGAUGAUAAGAACAAUGGGAGUAAUAAGAGGCGUAAUAAAGACAAUUUACGCAGUGAUGCCUUGGAAUUACAAGUCGCCCCUACUUCAGGACUUACUACUCCAACAUUGAACCUUACCACUUCUAACACUAGAAAACUCUAUAGUAUGGGUAGAAAAAUUAAAGUUGAUAUCAGUGAUGCUAUUUAUAAACUUCCAUUUGAGCACGGUUGGAAACGAGAAUUGGUUUACAGAAAAUCUAUUAAACAUAGUCACAAAAAUAGAAUUUUUGAUGUAUACUAUCAUUCUCCAGCUAAAAAAAAACUUAGAUCAAAACGAGAAAUUCAGAAACAAUUGGACAUCUUAUCUGAUAAAAAUCUAACCAUAGAAAAUUUUACAUUUUCACCACAACCAAUUGCCAUGAAUGAUCGAUCUAAGGAAUUUAUCAGAGAUGCAAAUUCUAAAUUAUUUAAGGAGAAGAUCACGGAAUCAGGGUCAAUGUAGAACAAAUAUUUAUUAGAUAUAAUAUUAAAUAUCAAAUAUCAAACCAUAUUUUACUAUAUAGACUAAAAGUAAAUAUAUUUUUACUACGAAUAAUUUACCAGCCUAAAUGAAUAAUUGGCUUAAGAAUUUUCAUAUCGGUAUUUUUUUUAUAAUAUUUAAACUGUAAAGUUAUUGUUUUCUGUGAUAAUUUUGACAAAAAAUAUUGAUCAAAGUAUUGAGAAUUUAUAUUAAUUACAGUUUUAUAAUUUUAAAUGU